UUCUGAUUUGACAGAAGGAAGAGAACUAGUGACAGAAGGAAGCCAACAUCAAAAAGCCGGGUUGUUCUGUUGGUUUCUUGAAGAAACAGGGAUCUAUGGCCGUUAAAGGGAUGAAUCUGGGCAGUGUUUGCUGUCUUGUCCUGUAUUUUGUUGCGGCAGUGCUUGCAGGGCGAGAUUUCUACAAGAUCUUGGGGGUGAGCAAGUCGGCAUCUGUGAGGGACAUCAAGAAGGCUUACAGAAAGCUGGCUCUCCAGCUCCACCCUGACAGAAACCCCGAUGACCCCACUGCUGCUGACAAAUUCGCAGACCUGGGGUCAGCCUAUGAGGUGCUUUCAGAUGAUGAGAAGAGGAAGCAGUAUGAUGCAUACGGAGAGGAUGGUCUGAAAGAGGGUCACCAUGGUUCUCACAAUGAUAUCUUCUCCAGUUUCUUCGGGGACUUUGGCUUCAUGUUUGGAGGUAACAGGCAAGGACAACAGGACAGGAACAUUCCCAGAGGAAAUGACAUAGUACUAGACCUGGAGGUCACGCUCGAGGAAGUGUACUCUGGGAACUUUGUAGAGGUUGUGCGCAACAAGCCUGUAGCCAAAGAGGCCCCUGGGAAAAGGAAAUGCAACUGCAGACAGGAAAUGAGGACGACGCAGCUCGGACCUGGACGCUUCCAGAUGACCCAGGAAGUAGUGUGUGACGAGUGCCCCAAUAUAAAGCUGGUGAAUGAGGAGAGAACUUUGGAGGUGGAGAUUGAACAGGGAGUGAGAGAUGAGAUGGAGUACCCUUUCAUUGGAGAAGGUGAACCUCACAUCGACGGCGAGCCAGGGGAUCUACGCUUCCGCAUCAAAGUUAUGAAACACCCAGUGUUUGAGCGUCGAGGAGACGACCUGUACACUAACGUCACAAUCUCUCUGGUAGAGGCUCUGGUUGGCUUUGAGAUGGACAUCACACACCUCGAUGGACAUACGGUUCACAUUGAGAGGGACAAGAUCACCAAGCCUGGUGCCCGGCUGUGGAAGAAGGGAGAAGGCCUGCCAAAUUUUGACAACAACAACAUCCGUGGAUCUCUCAUUGUCUCCUUUGACAUCGAGUUUCCACAGACACAGCUGGAUGACAAUCAGAAAGAGGGAGUGAGAGGGAUUCUGAAACAAUCGUCAGUACAGAAGGUUUACAAUGGACUACAGGGAUACUGACACACCAAAAGACAGUCUGGACUGAGUUCUGCGCCACACAAAAAAACACACACACAAACAAAGGAGCACGCUUAGGGGUGUAUUUAUUUUUUGGUUGUUCUCAGGAUGGGUUGAUUUGUUUUAUUUUCUAAUAUUCCGAAGGUGGCUUGAUGUUAUUUUUUAAAAAGAAGUCCUGGUUAUAUUUAAUGCUGUAUUUGUCUCAAAUUAUUUUACUACCACCUUAAUUCCCCCUCACAUGACAAAUUACUUAUUUGCUUCAAUUUGGAGAGUUUGGAUCUUCAAGUCAACAUACCUUUUUAAUGUCAACUAAUUGUCAACCACUCACAUACAUCUUGGAUCAUGGAAGCUCCCAUUUCCAAUGUUAAACCCAUCACACCUUACUGAGCUCUAGAAGAGGAGCUUUCCUGGAAUCAAAGGACUCUGGAGUCAACAACUUCUCAUGGACAUCAGCAAGACUGGAAUACUAUCACCCUCCCUGUUUUGAUAAGUUUUAUGUAUGUGGUACUGUACUAGGUCGUUUCAUUUAACCUUGAGGGAUUUUAACCCCUCUGACACCUUAAAAGAUUUGGUCAAAACACUUUGUAAAUAGGAAAGAACAAACAACAUUUUUUGCUUUUGUUGAAUUAGAUUAUGUUUAGAUGUAUUCUUUGUGGUGUAAGGUUGAGUGAGCAUUCUGUCUGCUGAAAGAAAGGCCACUUUGAGUGUACUUCUGGGGCUACCUAGCUGCCUCCUCGUUAGGGUGACAAGGAUAUCAUCCUCGUCUGGAGACUCCAUCUCCAGCUUGCUCUGCCUCCCACCACCAUCCACCCCUCUUGCUCUGCUUCUCCUCUGACUGAGUGUGUCUGAAAUGGCACACUUUUCCCUAAAUAGUGUUACUUUUUGACCCGCUCCCAUAGGGUUCUGGUCAGAAGUUGUGCACUUUUAAAGGGCAUAGGGUGCCAUUUCAGCCCUGUGUUCUUUGGACUGCUCCUCCUGACUGAAAGAGACUACUGUGAAUAAUGGGAUGUGCUAUAGUACAGGAGAGAAAAUGUACUUUUCAAUUAAAAGUUUAUAAUAAAUAA